AUGACCAAACCGGUUCAACUAUAUGGAGGUGCUAUAACCACUGUUAUGCCUGAAGGCUUUGUAGAUGUGUCGAUGAUAAGAGAAGUUCCAGAUACCCAAGAAGUUUAUGUUAAUAAUCGCGAAUCAAAAGAAACAUUCACCGAUGGACUAGGAUAUAAUGAAAGUAUUAUCGUAGAUCUUUUAGAACAGGUUACUAGCAUGGAUUUGAAGCUUGCCUUGGGUGAACAUCUAGAAGAUAUUUUUCAAUUAAAUGGCUCGACAAAAUAUAAAGUGGAACAACUGAAACAGAUAGAUAAUCAUAAUAUUACUUGUAUUGUAUGGGAAGAAACUCACAAAUCAGGUAAACAAGCACGUACAGAAAUUGUAAUGUCUUGUAUAGGGCUUAUUAGAUUAGCAGAAUUCACCACCGACGUUCUAGUUACCAUGAAUGUCCCAUUAUCAACAAGUGACGCUUCUACCAUCGAUUUGAAACAUCUUCCCGCUCAAGUACGUGCAGCAUAUAAAAUCCUACAAGAAAUAGUUAAGAAAUUUAAGGUUAUAGACAAGUCUCUGUUUGCUUGA